AUGGCUCAGGCACCAGAUGUUGGCGACCAGAUCGCACAGCUCAAUGCCGCCCGCAGUCUUGUCCUUGGCGAUGCGGCCUUUUACCCGCAGAUUGUGAAUGGUAUCCUUCCCAUUGUUGGGGCCAGCACAAGGUUGGAGCUGCGCCGAUGGGGUGCCAAUUUCCUCGCAGAGACCUUUGCCAGUCCAGUGCUAGGUGUAGAACAAAAGGAGCAGCUGGCGCCAAAUGUUUUGCAGACCAUUCGUGAGAUCUUAAGGCUGCCCGAGACCGAUAUCACGGUGUUGCAAAGCUUAGUACAGGCAUCAGCAAGCUUGUACCCUCUCGUCUUCAGACAUAUUGUGAAUCACCCACAGGAUAGCACAACAUGGGAGAAUAUGUGCGAGAUCAAGCAAGAGAUCCUGAAGAAGAUGGACGAUUACCCUUGCUCAGUCAAGCUCUGUUGUGCCAAGUUCCUCCAACGCGUUGUCCAGGUUCAAACACAUAGCUCAGGCGGUGACCCCAGGCGCCCCGAGCUCAACGAGACCUCUUUAGCUGUGGUCCCCCGCAACCACUCUCUCCUCUCGAUUCCCAACCUGGAAGCUGAAUCCUCGGGCUUACUGGACCGUUUGCUCGGUGUCUUCCAGGAAGAGACAAGUGAUGCUCUUCUGGUUAACGCCACAAUAAACUUGCUUCCUCCCCUGAUUAGAACUCGUCCAACUAUCGCACACAAGAUUGUGAAUGCGAUUUUGGACUUCAUCCCAGCACACCACGUCCGUCCUCCUUUUACGCCAACUGUGCGAGUCAGUGUCAAGUCUAUGGAACGGACAGCCCGCGCACUGCUGUGGAAUAUCCUGAAAAAGAACCAAAACCAUCCUCUGGCCCCACGAAUGCAGGCCUACAUUGAACGAUUGAGCCAGUCUCGCCUGGAGGCCGCCGAAGAUCCCACUCGGAAGCGUGGUUUGCCAAACGAGCCUACUGACGGACUCGACGGUGCCAAGCGAGCACGCCUCAAUGCCAUGCCACCUCCAAUGAUGAAGAUUCCUCCAAUGGCCCCGGGGCCUGCCACCUAUGACAGUCUGUUUACUUUGACCGAGGAUGCCGGGCUGUCAUCAUUCGAUGUCAAGCAGCUUCCGUUCGAUAUUGUCCUAAAGAUUGUCGUGCCUCUCCUUUCCCAAGUGCAUGACUCAACGAUGGCUCAAGCCGUUGAGGCCGUUCGUACUCGCUAUCAGACGAUCACUCGAGAGCAAACCCUGCAACGGCAGCAACAGCAGCAAUCAGCGGGCCAAGAUGACGACGAUGACUAUGAGCCCGAAUACCAGCCCAUGGACGCAGCAUCCAUCGCAUCAGAAGAGAACACUGCGGUUGCGGAAGAUCUCGCCGACCUCCAGCCCUCUCUGGGACCAUUUGUCCUGCCCAAGCCCCCUCCCUUGAGUGAAGAGGAAGCCGGCGAACUUGGACGAGCUGCCGCUGCCCGCGUCUUUGGUAUGCUCACUGCAGCUGAAGCGUCAGCAGGACCUGCCAGGGGCCAGGCUCAACAAAAGCUCGGCUUCGCUCGACUUGCCGGCAGCGCAUCCGACAGAGAUGCGUGGUCUAUCCUUCUUAUCCGACUAGCUACUCGAGCCCCCGCAGGUCUCGAACCGCCACCCAAUGCAGAUUCGACUGUACGACGUCAACCCACCAUUGCCGACUCCAUUCGUGAGACGCUUUACCGAUAUGUCCUUGAGGAUUUCCGUGGACGGCUGAACAUUGCUAUCAUGUGGCUCAACGAAGAAUGGUACAACGACCGGAUUCAAAUGAAAAGUGCGGCCGCCCGACGCAACCCUUCAGACGAAGAGUCGGAGCCCACUGUUGUAAUCCAUUACGACACUUGGGUCAACCGUCUCUUGGAUGGCUUCUUGGCAUAUUUGGACGGACGGGAUAUCAAGGUUCUUGUCCGAUUCCUCAGCGAGAUUCCUGAAAUUACAAUCCCUAUCACUCAGCGGGUAGCCAGCUUGGCCAAGGACCCAGAGCGUGUGAACCUAUGCGUUCAAUCAUUGAUGUACCUGAUCAUGUACCGCAUUCCAGCCCGGGAGAUGUGCCUGAACACGAUUGAGGAUGUCUACCAGACAUAUGAGGAGUCCCGACCUGCAGCCGCCAAAGUUCUCAAGAAGUGGCGUCCCGAUAGUACAGUGUUGGAGAAGACCGAAGAGCCCGAGGCGUCUGCGGCACCUGCACAGCCAGAGGCGCAACCCGCUGUUGCCGCCGAACAAUAG